AGCUACAAUCGUUGUUAUCCUUUUUGACCCCACAGGGCUGCUGUAGUCAGGCAGUCGCUUGUAGCAAACCACAGUAACAGAUAGCCCUUUCAUGAACAGGUGAAAGUAGUCUUUAGCAACUUUUACUUGACCUUACGAUCUCUUCAAAACGAUUCACAGCGUGUAUUAAAAACAAAGGACCAACUUUAGUUUUACGACAUGGCAAUGAUCACCGUCCCCACCACCGCCUCCCGGUUCGCCCUGCUCCAGAUAGACUCGGAUUCGGACUCCGACGCCUCCGACGGGGGAAAGACCACUAACAAAUCCGGACGGGACUCCUCCGGAAAGCCCCGACAAGGAAAAGCAGGAGCCGGGGGGAAAGGGGCUCAGUGCAACGACAAGAAGAAAGACAAGAAAAAGAAGAAGAAGGAACAGCAGCAGUCUGAGGCAAAUGAGCUACGUAAUCUGGCCUUCAAGAAGCUUCCUCAGAAGUCUUCUGCCCCUCCUCCCUCGAUGACUCUGUCAGGGAUAGCCGGUGAGCUCCUCAGUCCUGCAUCAGGGGACAAAGUGGCCCUUCCAGAGGGGUGGCAGCAGUGGAAGCAGAAGGAUGAACAGAUAACCAGUGAGCUCUAUGAGGCUGACUUGGAAAAGGCCUUGAUUCUAAGCAAACUGGACUUCGAACAACAAAAACCGAGCAACAACACAAACGCAUCCUCGCCAAAGGCACGAGUAGGUAAAGAUGGCGGAGGGAAGAAGGACAAAAAGAAGAAUCAGCAGGCGAAAGACAAAAAGACGGUUUCACUGCAGGACUUCCAGGCUGACGGCAGUGCAGAACAUUUGAAUAAGAAGCAAGAGAAAGAGGAUGCCAGUGUGGCUAACGUAGUGUUAGGGAACGGGCAGGAGGAGCGCUUCUUCAACAAGGUGGAGGACGACGUCACUCGAAUUGUCCAACAGGAGAAGAGACGCGAGCUGUUCACCAGCCAGGGACAAGAAGUCAUCACCUCCACAGAUCAUGAACCAGAUCCCCGAGCAGAACAGCUGAAGUACGAUCUGGAGAAGAAAGACGAGGACAUCGAGAAGCUAAAGAAGAACAUUACACAGUGGGAGGGGAAAUAUAAAGAGGUGAAAGCAAGAAAUUCCCAGCUGCUUAAGAUGCUCCAACAGGGAGAAAUGAAAGAUAAAGCAGAACUCCUUCUACAGGUAGAAGAGCUACUACACAUAAAAGAAGAACUGUCAUCACAGGUAUCAUCACUACACGCUGCCCUUGAACAAGAAAGGUCUAAAGUCAAAGGUCUGCAGUCAGAUCAACCAAAACAUCAGAACAGAAGAGACAAAAAGCAGGCAGUCAGUCAGGGAAACAAAAGAGGAAGGAAAGGCUCGGAGAUGGAUGUAUGAAAGGUCCCAAAUGGGAAAGACCAUAACAUCAAAAGGACAUAAAACGAUGAACAAAUGAAGAAAAAGCACGACUGAUCACUAUCAAGUUUUAAUUUCCUUUUGUUUUUUAUGUUUUUUUGCUUGGACUCAAUGUCAGCAUAUAAUGCAUGCCCCCCUAUUACAUACCCAUACAAAAUUACACUCCAGAGGAAGCAGGGUGUUUUAAUUAUCUGAUCAAGAAUGAACAGAAGCUCCUGGAAAUGGUUUACUUCAAACGUUGUGUUGAAAUGGUUGCUUGGCACCCGGUGCUGCCCUCUGCAGGCACAAGCAUAAUAGUGUUGUUCAAGGCUGUGCGCCUGCUCUGAUUUUGUUGGGGUUUUAAUACCAAAAUGACGUGAAUUGUAUGUUUCUUUUUUUCUUUCUCACUGUAACGUAAAUAAAAUACUUUUCAGUGACAAAA